GCGACGUUGACCAGAGGACUUUCAAGUAGCAUGUGCUUGUGCUGGUGCUCCGAGUCAUUCUUGCAUUUGUGAUUUUUAUAGCUUCUUCUCUCUCUCUCUCUCUCUCUCUCUCUCUCUCUCUCUCUCUCUCUCUCUCUCUCUCUCUCUCUCUCUCUCUCUCUAGUUGGUGCCUGCUGGCCUGAAAAAGAGUUGCCAAUUGUGUGGAGAGUUCCAAGUCAUGUGAGGCUCUGAGAAUUUACAGAGGUGCAUCGCAAACUUGGUCAGCCAUGAGGGAGAUGCACCUCUGUAAAGGACGCAUGUGUGGGAGGAAAUGCUUUUUGGAGUGUCUAGUAGUCGCGGGUAGUUGUUGCAUCAGUUUUGCGCCAUGCGCCUGGUGCGAGCAGUGUGGCCUUGCAUUUCAUGUGUGAGUUUCUCGGGUGGCAGUUUAGAAGGCGUACUGCCAUUCAGAGUUUGAAAAAGGCAAAGGCUUCUGUUAUUCUAGUCUCUGAAGCUUGGGACGGUGACAUCAGCAAUCAGACUGGAGAGCCGGUAACAAUGGACCAGACAAGCAAGGGCUCGUGUGCAGUUUCCUGACGGCCCCUCAGCGUCAUCAGUUGAUGGAAGUUUGUGAACAGGCGUAUUCUGAGGUCUGGCGUGCUCUGCUUGCCUGCCAGGUAGUUGAGCACGGCUGUCGGUGUCGCAAAGUUCGACGCGAACCAUCACAAACCUCAUAGCUUGACGAGAAGCGAUCAAUGAUCUGAAUGUCCAAUCUGGAACUCGUAGAAACCAGCGGAGCAACCUCUGCUCAUCAGACAACGGACACAAUGGGGAGUCUAUCGUCCGAUAAAGCUGCCUUGACUGACGAUCUUCGCCAGAGCGCUGCGGUGCAGGAUGAAGAUGAGGAUUCAGCAUUCCUGCGGAAUGCAGGGGGCAAGCUCACGCUGUUUCCUUUGGUUGCUCUGAUCUUCUACGAGGUCUCCGGCGGGCCUUUCGGAAUUGAAGUCGCGGUGAAGGAAGCAGGGCCGCUAUUGUCGAUUGUUGGGUUCCUUGUGUUCCCAAUUCUAUGGAGCGUUCCGGAGGCGCUUCUCUCCGCGGAACUUUCGACUGCCAUGCCGGAGAAUAGUGGCUAUGUCGUCUGGACGACGCUGGCAUUCGGCGAGUUUUGGGGCUUUCAAGAAGGAUGGUGGAAAUGGCUCAGCGGGGUUAUCGACAACUCGCUCUACGCCAUUCUUUUCCUCGAUUACCUGAUGAAUGCUGUACCGCUUUUCAGAGCGGGUGUUAUCCGAUGGGUUGCUGCCUGUAUCCUUUGCGGGCUGAUGACGUAUCUCAACUACCGUGGGCUAACGAUUGUCGGGAGAACAGCCAUGGGCCUGCUUGUCUUCAGCUUGUGUCCAUUUGCGGUGAUGGCGAUAAUGGCUGUGCCGAAGAUCGCCCCGCGGCGAUGGUUGCACAUACCGAAGAAGAUUGGAUGGGCAGGCUAUUUGAACUCGCUGAUGUGGAACUUGAACUACUUCGACUCGGCCAGCACGCUGGCCGGUGAGGUCGAAAAACCGAAGAAGAUAUUCCCGAAAGCGCUCUUUCUUGCGGUCAUCCUUGUGGUUGUGACGUACGUUGUACCUUUAAUGGCGGGCACAGGAUCCAUCCCGUAUCGUCGAGAAUCCUGGUCGGAUGGGUCAUUUGCAACCAUAGCUGGAAUCGUCGGGGGACAGUGGCUAAAGAUCUGGAUCAUUGUCGCUGCCGCUCUUUCGAACAUUGGCUUGUUUGAGGCAGAGAUGAGCAGUGAUUCGUUCCAGCUUCUGGGCAUGGCAGAAAGGGGGAUGCUUCCGAAGGCUUUUGCACGCCGGUCACAGCACAACACCCCUACGCUGGCGAUCGGAUGCAGUGCCACGGGCAUCGUUCUCCUAUCGUGGCUCAAUUUCGAAGAGAUUGUAGAGUUGCUGAACUUUCUCUACUGCAUAAGCAUGCUGGUUGAGUUUGCGACGUUUGUCCAACUUCGUAUCAAACACCCACACCUAGAUAGGCCUUUCCGCGUUCCGCUGAACACGGUCGGGGUCAUACUCAUGCUCGUUAUACCGACUAUCAUUGUGCUUGUGCUAAUGAGCCUUGCAUCAUGGAUGACAAUGGUAGUGAGUGGGGUUGGCUGUUUGCUGGGCGUAGUUUUAUGUCUGUUCAUCAAACAGGCGAAGAAGCGUGGCUAUUGUGAAUUUGCAGUUAAUCCAGAACUGCCUGACCUGGAGGAGGAGGCUUCUCCGCAUUUGCUUCCUGUCGAUUCGCCUACCCCACAGAAUGGGGGGGUGAUCAGCAGUGAUAAAAGCAGCGUCAAAGCAGAAGGCGGCGUCCCCCACAGUGGUAAUGAAAGUGCGGAAACCGAAAAUCCGGAAACCGAAAAUCCGGAAGGUGAUACGACUCCAUUCCUGAGUAGUCGAUGAGUAAACUUUGCAGCCCAUCGUGUAGUCGAAAGUCCUGGCUUGAAUGCUUUUUUCACCCUUGAUGAGGCCCUUGUGCGCUUCAUUCUUUUCAGAAGGCUAUGCGUAAACUGUGCAGCCGAUGUUUUAGAAAGACCUGGACUGAAUGCCUGCCACUCUGGAUUAGGCCCGUGUGUGCUCCCGAUUCGCCGCCAAUUCAUCAGAGGUUGGCAGCUCACGAAACCUGUCUUCUGCUCCAGUUCAGCGGAAGAAGAACUAGAAACCCGACGAACGUGCUUGCAUUUGCAAUCUCCCGAGAGGUGAGCAGAUUGGUCAAACGGUUUGUGCCCGCUAUAUAGCUAGGAUGCCCUCUCUCCUAUUGGACAGUACAAAAUAAUAGAAAACAAAGGGAUUAUCACUGAACUUCCUGCCAUCAUUUGUUCCUUCCAUUCUUCUACUAUGGCAGCAGGUUGAGCUGUUGUAUGGGAGAAUUUUUUCCAGCUAAUGUUUCAUAGAAGUUCGUCCUCGGAUCAUGUCCGAGAGUCGGCGAGAGACGCCCUUUUGUGCCUGAAGAGUUGGAUUUGGAUGUACUGAAGUUAUCUCUAUGGUCGUUAUAUCGGCUGUGUUUCCCCAAGGCCAAAUCCGCGUUCACUCGCCACACGGAGGAAGAUUGUGGAAUGUGGCUGAGGAAGAUCGUGCAAUGUGGCGAAGGAGAAUCGUACAGUGUGGCAAGGGAGAUCAACGGCAUGUGGCAGAGGACGAUAAUGCCUUGUGACCGAUUCGAAUCAUGCCAUGUGGCAGGGGAGUAGGGUCAUGGGAUAUGGCAGAGGGGCAUCAUGCGGCAUGUCGAGGGAGCUUGAAGACAUCGGCGUUUGAAACAACGACGGCAUUGAUUGGCUCGCCUCUAUUGCCUGUCCAGGAAGCUUGAGCUGGUGCUGUUGCCGGAGCAUGCGGUUUGUGACGCGAUACGAUUCGCGGCAGUGCAGGCGUAUCCCAAUUUUCAAAUUUGUUUUUUCAUUAAAGAAAGAAUGGGACGACGGGAAAUGUUGCCAUGGUAGUGCACAAGUGGAGGGAGCUGUGAAGGGUUGGUGCGGAAGAGAGACUAGGUGCGUGCCAGUGGUGACAUGAAACCCGCUCUCUCUCUAAUGUGCCUUAUCCCACCUGUAGUUGGUCAUGUACAGUAUAAAUUGCAAUUACGUCCCGGGAGGCAGCGUCGUGUUUUCUGUUUGUUUUUCGUUUUGCCUUUUGCUUAUUUUGUUGCUUCGUCAGUGUGAUUCAUUCCAUUUUUUCAUAUCCAACUUCCUGAUGCCUCGGCAUCAUGCAAGGAAAGCUGGAUAGUGCUUCAGCAUCGAGGUACUUGGGUCUCCUUGUACGUAGGCAGACAGAUGCAUUCAUCGUCGUCGUUAUAUUUAUUUCCAUCGUUAUCUUCCGUCCCCAUGGGUAUGUAUGCGCUAUUGGUUUCAAAUUCAAAGGGAGGGGGAAAAAAAACUAAAAAUGAACGAUGACAUGCAUUGGUAUUCGAUGCACGUGUAGUUAGCAGCAUGCCUGAGCAUGCUUUGUGCUUUUUCUUAAACUUGAACAAAACAACAAUCUGUUAGUACAGGUACAUGGCAAGUGCCGAGUGGGACCGCAGUUCUGGGAGUCUGGGACCGCAGUUCUGGGAGUCUGGGACCGCAGUUCUGGUUACAAACAUGUGGGAGUCUGGGACCGCCCAAAGGAAACCAUAACACGUCAGAAAGGAAAGAAGUUGGUGUAAUGUGUGGAUGUGGAAGGUUCUUUCCUCUUGCCUUCUUAUCAGAGGUUAGAAGUUGCAGCGUGGUCUGUGAAGAUGCGACUGCACAGGAAGUCGCGGCCUCCUUAUGUCCGUAUAAGCAAUCGCCGAGCAUGGCGUGGGCGGAAGCGCCCCGGCUUAGUUGCUGAAGCAAUCACUCAGAAGAUGAAGGGGCCGUCUUACUACUGGUUAAUGCAAUAACCAGGAGUGCAAGAUCAAAGUGUGAGUGCAAGAUGGAAGGCCCCGGUCAGUACAGAAGCUCCUGCUGCUGCUAUACACAGAGAACAGAGCUGUGUUCUUGGUCUGGGUGCAGUGCGGGUAGCGGGUUGCGGGUAGCGGGUAGCGGGUAGCGGUAAAGAAGUGACCCAGCCGCAAGGUGACACUAUAUAUGGGCUUUGGGAGGGCUGAGUGGAGUUCCAAACGGUCCCAGAGCGUAGAGGAUAGUGUGAGACAUCGGUGUGGUGUGGUGUGGUGUGGUGUGUUCGCUCUCGAAGAGAACUCAAUCUUUUUUGUUGAUACGUAUCGGGACUGUAUGCCGUCACGCAAGUGGCUAUUUUGCUGAUUGGUAUAUCUGAAAUGGCAUUAGCAUGCCUGCCAGGGGGCUGGCUAUUGGCUAUUCUAGGACAUGAAAUAGGUUUGUUUGGAGAUGAUGGACUUUUCUGAACGCUAUACUAAAUUGUGGUGGAGUCUUGCUCGUUCUCCGUGGCAGACUAUUCGUCACCAUAAUUUUAGUCGGGAUCAGAAUCUCGUUCUUCUUCGCAAUGAGCAUAAUGUUGUGAGUGUGAUGUACAAUACUCUUUUCGGGGGGGGGGGGGGGGGGAAGAUUGUUUCAAUUGUGGUUUUCUUCACUCUUCCUGAAGUUUUUGCAUGUCCGUUUCAUGGUUUCUUUUCUUUUCUUCUUCCUCUCUUUUUUUUUCCGAAAGGGGGACAGUUUUGAGAUAACAUCGUGAAACUGGCCGGUCCUAGGUAAGUCAGGAAUUCUGUCCAUCUGGUUCCGUGAUUCCAUCUGGAUUCGAACCGGGGUUUGCAUUUCAACAGUUUAUUAUGGGUGUACCAACUGAGCUAGGCUCGUUGGUGGUCGUACUUUUUUCGUAUGGAGUCCUGACAGAGUAUCUAGACGGUAAUGUGAACUUUGUUUCUGUACUGCUCGAGGACUGGAGAGGGAUGCUUGGCUCGGCAGGGUGAUGGGCCUCCCGCUACUCUAGAAAUGUGCACGAGAGUGAAUCUUCUGCUAGAACAUGGAAAGAUACACCACCAUGACUUUUGUCGUUUGUGGACGUCGAGAGAGUAGUGGAGCGACGCCCGACGGCUCCGUUUGUUGUGUUCGGUUGAUUCACAAGAAUCCCACCAACUCGAAACCUGAUUCAAAUGUUCCCAUGCACAUCUGCAAUGACAUGCAGACAGGAGAGAGCAGAUUCGCACCAUAGCCGUGGAGAGAGAUUGCACAGCGGAAGCCAAAGCCAGAUAUAAAAAUUGAGAGAAAAAUGUCUCAAAUUUCAAUCAAUUAUUUAGUACACCCCCUGCUCGCCUCCUGAGGCUCCCGUCAACUGAACAACCCCAAGAAUCUCAUCCACCAAAUCUGUUCCGCCUCCUAUUAACCGCUGACAAAACACUUCGAUGAAGAUUGACCGCAACUUCCUCUUUUUCCUACGACCCCCAGCCGCCAGUGAUAGCCCACUGUUGAAAACAGCAUCUCAUCAUGCCCCGAGCCUGUGAGUACAGGUGCUGAUCUGGCGUGAGCCAGAUAUCAAGUUGCAGCGCCGCAAACCACCGUGA